GUGCAGAUAAUGCAUGACCCGUAGUCAGUCGGGAGGUUUACUGCCGUUGGAUCCAGAGAUUGAACGCACCUACCACCAACUUAGGAGACAACAGCGAGCUAGACUGGCUACGGUAGAGCGCAUAGACGGCCAUUUGAGCAGCGAGUCCGAGGACGAGUACGAGAUGGAAGGCGACCACAACCCACCUCCGGGGAAUCAGCUCUUGGGGAGCGACCCCAGACCCCAGGCACCGCCGCAGGAUCCCACUUUGGAGUACUAUUACACUACACGGAUUGCUGACAUCCGCCCAGUCAUCCUCUAUCCGCCCAUUCCAGCGAACAACUUCGAGAUCACGCCAUGCUGGAUUCAGCUCAUAACAUUCUCUAUCCAGUUCCAUGGCUUGAAGGAUGAGGAAGCAAGGGUGCACCUUUCCCGUUUUCUGCAGCUGACGAACGGGUUCAAGCUGAACGGUGUCCCGGAUGACGCAAUCCGCCUUCACCUCUUCCCCCAUUCUGUGGCUGGGAAUGCUAAGAGGUGGUUGGAGACCCAGCCCCCAUUGUCCAUCACUUCUUGGGACGAUCUGGCAGAUAAGUUCGUGCACAGGUACUAUCCGGCAUCGAAGACCACAGAGAUUCAGCGGGAGAUCACUCACUUCCGCCAAGAGCCAGACGAGUCACUUCGUGAUGCAUGGAAGCGGUACAUGGGAUAUUUCUGGCAGUGUCCCCAUCAUGGCUUCAGUGAUGCAUUCACAGUGGGGAACUUCUACAUAUGAUUUCCGCGUCUGAAUCUGCUUUUGCUUCUUUCUCUAUGGAGUA